UAUCGGACUCUCUGCUAUUGGCGAUCCGGGCCUGACCAAUGGCUUCAUUUCAGGAUUGCGGGCCUUUGCGGCCGGUGCGAUUGCUAUCACUUGACGGCGGAGGCAUUAGAGGUAUAUCAGAGCUGACCAUUCUGGCGGAAAUCAUGCACCGCGUCAAGGUUGAGCAGCAGCUGGACGUUGUCCCAUUACCCGCUGACUACUUUGACAUGAUAUGUGGGACUAGUACAGGAGGGUGAGGUUUCCUGCCUGCUGCGUCUCCAAAGAAAAACGACUUUGGAAUAGAAAGGGACUAAAGAUACUAAAUACCAUGCAGCUUAAUCGCGAUUCUCCUGGGUCGUCUGCGGUUUUCUGUGGCAGAAGCCAUUGAGCAGUAUGGAGUAUUUGCCGAAAAGGUGUUCUCGUCUAGAAAGAUAAAGGGCCAGGAUGGAUCUUUUAAGGCUUCUAGGCUGGAAGAGGUGAUUAAAGAGGUAAUCUGCAAGAAGCUAGGAGAGGGGCACGAGGAAGAAAAGAUGUAUGAAAGCGAGGCAGGCGAGUCGGAAUGCAAGACCUUCGUGUGUGCAGCCUCAGCGAAAAGCCUAAAAAGCAGCCCCCGGUUGUUUCGAACAUGGGUGUCGAAUAUAAAUCCGAGCGAGAACUGUACAAUCUGGGAAGCCUGCCGGGCGACAACCGCGGCACCGACGUUUUUCAAGUCCAUCCGAAUCGGCAGGCCUGGUGUGCAAGAAGAGUUUGUGGAUGCGGGUCUUGGCUGCAACAACCCCGUCAAGCAGCUGCUGCUCGAAGCCUGCCAAGAAUUCGGCAAGGCCAGACCAGUUAGCUGUAUUGUCAGCAUUGGCACGGGCAAGGCAAGAGUCAUUAGGCUCAAUAAACCGCGAGGCCUAGACCGUUGGAUUCAUCGGGAUCUGGUUGGCGCCCUGGCAAAGAUGGCCACGGAUUCCGAGGAGGUCGCGCGGGAAAUGGAGAGACGCUUUGAAGACCGCAAGGGUCCAUACUUUCGCCUCAAUGUCGAUCAGGGUUUGGAGGAUAUUACGAUGGAGGACUGGGAGAAGCUGGGAGAGGUUGCAACCCACACCAAGAAUUACAUUGUGGACAACGGAAGCGCCCGGGCUGCUGUGGAAAGGAUCGUUGCAGCGUUAGUGGGAAAGCCCCUAGAGAUGUACCAACUGGGUCAGCUAGAUGGGUCUAUAUCUAAGCAGCACACGGACACUGAUGAACGGACCCUUUUUGACUAUCCGUCCUCUCGAGUCAAGCAUUUCGUUCAUCGCAAGGAGCAAUAUGAUCGACUCAUGAGCCAGUUCUCCAUGCCGCGAACAGGCACAGACUCAAGAGUGGUGUGCCUGGUGGGAAUGGGUGGCUGUGGCAAGUCGCAGCUGGCCAUGGACUUUUGUCAGAAGCUGGAGGCAGCAAAGCAGGCAUCGGCAAUCGUCUGGGUAAACGCCAGCUCCAACUCUUCGGUCGAGCAGAAAUAUGCCGUUGUCGCCGGUCAAAUGACCGCGACAGAGAUAGAUACUUCGCAAAGCGAGAAGAAUAUUGAAGUGGUCAAAGAGGGUCUCCGGUCUUGGCCGUCAGCGUGGGUACUGGUGUUUGAUAACUUUGAUGACCCCGACGCGUUCAUUGAACGUGAUGUUACCGAUUAUUUCCCCCGGAGCUCGCGCGGCUUCAUUAUCCUGACUAGCAGGAAUCUCGGGCUACAUCGGCUAGGCGAUAUGAUCCAGAUGUCUACAAUGAACCCCGAGGAAGCUCUCAGCCUGCUUGUUCGGUCGUCGGCAGUCGGGCUUGGGGACGGGAAUGCCGCUGACGCUGAGCAGGUUGUGAAAUCUCUAGGACACCUUGCUCUGGCCCUUGACCAGGCUGGGGCCUACAUCUACAAGCGUCGCAUCUCAUUUCACGAAUUCCUCAAGCAUUUUCACAAUCGAUGGGAAAUAAUAUCGAAUGAAGUUCCACGAAUCUGGUCCUACGAAAACCCGCAAGACCGGUCCAAGCUCACAGUGGCCACUACUUGGGAGCUCUCUCUCGACUUGAUAACUGGAGACGAUGACGCCCGAUGCAGCAAGGAGCGACUGCUAACGCUUGCAGCGUUCCUCGACUGCAGACAUGUAUCCGAGAGGCUAUUCCAGGCCUACCUAUGUCAGGACAACCCUCUGGCUCCCGAUCAGUAUGUCUUCAAGCGUCAAGUCGAACAGCUAAGAAAUAGUUUCAGUUAUUACUUUUUAAGAGCUACGACCAAGAAGUGGUUAGACCAGAUGCGGGAUGCAGCAGAUCACCAUAGCUACGUUUCCUCGCAUACCGAUGAAACAGUGGAAUAUACAACUGUGGACAUGCUAGUUCCACUUCUUACGACGGGCGAACGUAUAUGGGACACAUAUUCGUUUCGCGAUAUCAUUGCCGAGAUGCACGAGUUAUCGUUGAUUGAGUCAUUCGAAAGCAGAGACAGUGCGACUUACUUCUCAUUGCACCCUCUUAUUCAGGAAUGGAUGAAACUGCGACUCUCGAUUGAUGAGCGUAAAGAUCGGUUUACGGAUGCCACUGUGCUGCUACAAGCAUAUGUCGAGCGUCAAGCCAGAACACCUACAGACUUUGAGGAAAAAAGUGCUAUUCUGUCGCAUAUCCACACGAUACUAGAGGAAUUAGCGGCGUUAUCCAUACAGCCAAUGAUCGAUGGCGGCCUGUGCGAGAUCUGGACGGCACUGGCCAAAUUCUGUGCUGAUCAGGGCCAGUACUCCACCGCUGAGAAUCUAUAUCAGCAGCUACUUGCUACCGAGGAGGAUAAAUGCUACGUUGACAUCUGUCUGUUUGCAUUGCAAACCCAAAUUCGAUUGGGAAACCUCUACCUCAACCAGAAACGCUUGAGUGAAGCAGAAGUCCUCUUUGAGCGACUCGCAGAGACCCUUGAGAAAAACACAUCGAUAAGCUCAAGUGAAAUAUACGAGUCAGAAAGACUGUCCGUCACAGGCUCCUUGGCGAGGCUCUACAGCGAGCAGGGCCAGGUUGAAGAAUCGGAGAGGUUAAGCAGACAAAAUCUGCAAAGGGCCGAAAAGCAACUUGGCCCAGACCACCCGACGACGGUGAAAGUGAUGCAUAAUCUGGCUGUGGUCCGCCUUGCUACACAAACGGCAGAACAGUCCCUGCUCGAAUUUCAGCAAGUAGUGGCCCGCACAAUGCGGGUUCUGGGGGCGACUCACCUCACCACCAUCGGCGCCUUGCAUAUGACCGCACGGCAGCACCGUAUGCUAGGACAAUGGGCAGAUGCAGAGGAGGUGGCAGAGCGUGUCUUUGCCGAGAUGCUGCGACAGCUCGGUCCGACUCAUCCCCAGACACUGGGCACAAUGCAAAGUCUACGGAUGGUGUACAGCAGGUAUGGAAAAGAACCUGGUAGUGGUGUCCCGUUCUAUGCAAUCAAAAUAAGUGGGUUCGUUCCUCCGGGCGCCUCCGAUCCCAAAAUUGCCGUGGAGAAGCUUGCACUACUCGCCCGCGCUUAUGGAGACUUGGAAAUGUUCGUCGAAGCCAUUUCCAUUUUCAGAGACGUGUUAAGGUGGCGAGUCACUCACCAGGGGCCUACUCACCCGGCCACUCUCAACUCUAUGUUUGCUCUCGCAACCCACUAUCCCAAAGUCGAGCGUUAUGGGGAUGCUAUCAGGUUGCUGGAUGAGCUGCAGACCAAGCUAGUGCAGUGCCCGGGACUCUUAACUCCAAGUAUCGAGGAAGUUGAGGAGAACCUCGCCGCGAACAGGGUCGCUCAAGAGCAUCACUCUACCUCAAAUGAUACUACCGAACUCGACGGCAACCUUGACGGCACCCAUAUCCUCUGGUUUGACGGCGCACCUCCGCCAGGCCUGCUGGUACCAGCUUCUACUCAUACGUUUAAAUGA